GUGGAUGCGGCGGAGGGGGAAAACAGUGCUCUUUUCCGGUGUAGGGGCACAGUUGAGGAGGCGACCGGGGACCGAGGCGUCGUUCGGGAGAGAAAUAUAACAGAGUGAUCACUAAAAUAUUUUUGACCACAAAAGAUGACGCGCCAUGGCAAGAACUGCACCGCAGGGGCCGUGUACACGUACCACGAGAAGAAGAAGGACACAGCGGCCUCAGGCUAUGGGACCCAGAACAUCCGACUGAGCCGGGACGCGGUGAAGGAUUUUGACUGCUGCUGCCUGUCUCUACAGCCCUGCCACGAUCCUGUGGUCACCCCCGACGGCUACCUGUACGAGCGCGAGGCAAUCCUGGAGUACAUCCUGCACCAGAAAAAGGAGAUCGCCCGGCAGAUGAAGGCCUACGAGAAGCAGCGGGGCGCCCAGCGGGAGGAGCAGCGGCAGCUGCGGCGCGCGGCAGCGCAGGACCAAGUGCGGGGCUUCCUGGAGAAGGAGGCCGCCAUCGUGAGCCGGCCCCUCAACCCCUUCACGUCCAAGGCCGCCGUGGGGCCCGGCACAGAGGAUGCGCAAGCGGGGCCCAGCGAGGGGCCCCCGGGCCAGGAUAAGGAGAAGGCGCUGCCCAGCUUCUGGGUCCCGUCCCUGACCCCCGAGGCCAAGGCCACCAAGCUGGAGAAGCCGUCCCGCACCGUGACCUGCCCCAUGUCGGGGAAGCCGCUGCGCAUGUCCGACCUGACGCCCGUGCGCUUCACGCUGCUGGACGACUCGGUGGACCGCGUGGGGCUCAUCACGCGCAGCGAGCGCUACGUGUGCGCCGUGACCCGCGACAGCCUGAGUAACGCCACGCCGUGCGCCGUGCUGCGGCCCUCGGGGGCCGUGGUCACGCUGGAGUGCGUGGAGAAGCUGAUUCGGAAGGACAUGGUGGACCCCGUGAACGGAGACCGGCUCACCGAGCGCGACAUCAUCGUGCUGCAGCGGGGCGGCACCGGCUUCGCAGGCUCCGGGGUGAAGCUGCAGGCGGAGAAGUCGCGGCCGGUGAUGCAGGCCUGAGUGCGUGGGGAGAUCCACGAAUAAACGGCCCGGAGCGCAGACGCGUGUGGCGCCUUUCUUUGCGGGCGGGACCCGAGGAGAUGCCGGGGUGCCCCCUCGGAACCUGACCCCAAGGCGGAUGCACGGCGUUGACCCCCGGGGGGAGCGGCCAGGCAGAAACCCACCCUGACCUCUGCCAGGACCCCGAGGCUGGCCGAGCCCCGGGCACCCGAGAUGCCCCGGGAGAUGCGCAGCUCUGGCCGGGUGCCCCUCCCGCGUGUCCGUCUCCCCUCGUGGGCCCCAGCAAGCCCCCGCCCACCGCUUUGUACCCAGUGCCCACGUCCCCGCCCGUGUUCCUGAGCGUCCCCGGCCGCGGGCUUUCCCGAGACGCCUCACCCACGCGAGUCCUUGCUGUGCUGUCCCAGCCCCGAGAGCCGCAGCCGCGUUCACGCGCGGCGCAGGACGCCCUCUCCGCCCCACUGGACACAAACGGGCCUCCGGGCAUGGCCUGGCUGUCCCCCCCCCCUCCCCGAACUUAACUCCCACGCCUUUAUUGGAAAACAGCCGGCCAGCCGUGAGGCGGGGCAGGCUCUGCUGUGGUCGGAGGCCUCGGCGUGACCGGCAGAGGAAGCGAGAGCGAAAGGAGCGGCGGGCGCGCUCCGCACAGCCCACUGCCCCAGCGGCAGCUGAUGGGAGGUGUGGGUUCUAAGAAGGAGAUGUAGCGGCCGGCGCCUGCUGUGCCCGCAUCCCAUGUGGGCAUCAGUUCGAGUCCCGGCUGCUGCUCUUCCCAUCCAGUUCCCUGUACCUGCGUAGGAGACCUGGGAGAAGUUCCUGCCUCCUGGCUUCAGAUUGGUGCAGCUCUGGCCAUUACGGCCAGUUGGGGAGUGAGCCAGCGGAUGGAAGACCGCUCUCUCUCUCUGCCUCUCCUCUCUCUGUAACUCUUUCAAAUCUUUUUUCAAAAGGGGGGGUGGAUUCCGUCUGGAAAGGCAGACUGUAGGACCCACAGCGGAUCUUUGGUCGCCCUGGAGGUGCGCGGUGUUCGCGGUGUUCACGGCGCGGGAGGACGGGGAGGGGCCCUGCUGGGUGUCCGCAGUGCCGGGUCUCUGAUGCGCCUGGCAAAGCAGCAGAGGGUGGCCCACGUUCUUGGGCCCCUGAAGACUGGGAUGGAGCUUCAGGCUUCUGACUUCAGCCUGGCCCAGCCGUGGCCACACCAGCAGAUGGAAAUCUCUAUAGCUCCACUUUUCAAAUCAAUCAAUCUUAAAAAAAAUAAUGAAAUAAAGGUAAUGCCUCGUGUGGGGUGCAAC